UGCCAGUAGGAGGAAGAGUACUUCUGACCUGUUCAGUGAUGUCAUCAUCCUCCUCCUCCUCUGAUUGGAAAUAUGACUGGUACAAAGAGCAAAGCUCCUCUAAACCUCUGACCUCACAAGAUGCUGAUUUCCCCUCUAAUGGACAAAUGAGCGUCUCAGAGGAAGGACUGUACUGGUGCAGAGGAGGAAGAGGAGAACCAGUUUACUACACAGACUACAGUGAUCCAAUUAGCAUCAAGACAAACUAUGAUGAUUAUGAUGGUAUUAUCCUAGUGAGUCCUGUUCAUCCUGUGACUGAAGGAGAUCCUGUUACUCUGAGCUGCAGAGAUAAAGAACAACAACUUCUCUCCAAUGUGUUUUUCUAUCAUAAUGAUAAACUCAUCCAUAAUGACAGCAGAGGGGAGCUGAAGAUCUCUGCAGUGUCAAAGUCAGAUGAAGGUUUCUACAAAUGUCAACAUUCAGGAAAAGAUUCACCAAGGAGCUGGAUGUCUGUUAGAGUAACUGUAUCCAGUCCUGCCAGCUCUUCAUUUCCUGUGCUGUUGAUCAUCGGACCAGUUGUUGGAAUCGUUCUCAUUUUCCUCCUGCUCUUGUUCUUUUGCUGCAGACGGAACAUCGUUGUAGAUGAACCCGGAGCUCCUCCUGCAUACUCCCAGAUUGAGCUGAGAAACUUCAGGGAAGACUUCUCAACUCCAACAUAUGGUAAUAUCAAUUAUCAGAAGAAUAAGAAAGGAAAGCGAAGUCCUGCAGCAACAGAUGCAGAUGCAGUUUAUUCUGAAAUCACAACAUGAGCAGCUUUGGGUAACAAUGAUGCCAUGUAGUUUCACAUUAUUGGUUUAUUAUGGGAUUUAUUACAUGAGGUAAUCUCACAACAACAUUCUUAAAUCCUUUAUUUUCUUACAUAUUUCAUGUGUUGAACAUUUCAAAAGUCUGUAAAGAGGACUGUGUUAGGCAACAAACAUUUUCUGAAAAAUACUGAAAAAAACAAACUGAAGAAAUUGUUAGUCAUGUGUACGGAUGCUAUGAUGAAGUUUGAAUACAUUACAUAAAUUUGUAUGUUUUUGUUAUGGUUUAUUUUAGGAGUGCAUAAUAAGUAAGUUGUUCCUGAAACUAGCCUAUGUUGAUCCCUCCUUUUUUAUUUUUUUCCUCCGCUCUUCCAUUAGCUGUUUCUUUACAACUCCUCGGUGGACGUGAACUGAGUGCUUUGGCUUAUUUUAAAGUAAAAUAUUUUUCUGAACUAAGUAAAAAAGCCUGACACAGAAUGUGUUCACAAAGUUGUGCAAACUCAUUAGAAUGUAAGAAAUAUUUUUCAGUUAAAUUUCACUUCCAAAGGUUUGUUUUUACAAUAAUGAAAAUAUCAUGUUACAGUUUUUUCAAUAUCUC